AACACGUUCCAUAUGAAGCAUAACAGUCUAUUCUCUCCCGUGUGCGUCAGGUGUGUUUAGAGAACGCCUUCCUCCUCUUGCACGCUUCUGCCGGUAACACCCACAAGUCAAACUUGAUCCCGAAGCAGCGCGAGGAUUACCAUUUCAUUCUCAACCUGAGAGCGCGCGCGCUGUCACCGUAAACGAAAAGCCUGAAAAAGGUUUAACAAACUGAGCUGCUGAACUGAGCUGUGUGACGGAAGGUCAGAGAACAGAGGUUGAGACAACUGAGAGGCUCAAAACGAAGAGGCUUGUACUGGGUUGUUGCGUGCCCAACGGGAGCUGCAGGUGUAUAUAUCAGGGAAAGCAACACAGGCAGACAGACUGAGGUAACUGGAGCAGAGGCCCUGACACUCCCUCCAGGACAGACUGAGAGAGAGAGAGAGAGAGAGAGAGAGAGACGCUCUGAGGUACCGACUUGCAGGACUUCUCCUACAGGGUCACCCAGCACAACAUGCAGGGGGAGAGUGAACACGAACACCAAGACGAUAACAUGGAAGCCACUGCCGUUAAAGAGACAAGGAGUGUAUCCAGCCAUAGCAACCCUGUCAACCCUAGCAACCCUAUCAACCCUAGCAACCCUAUCAACCCUAGCAACCAUAGCGCGACUGCGGAGCAAGGCCGAGACUCAGUCAACCGUAACGUCCGCACCAGAGGGACGUUGUCCCCCACGGAGGUUCUGUCUCUACGGGGUCUCAGGAAGACGCAGAACAGCUCGUUGGAGGAGGAAGAGAAGGUCUCCGGGACCAAUAAGAGGACGGUGCUGUCCAGAGGAUCUAAUCUAACCCGCUCCGGAAGUGUUAAGGACCUGAUUCACAAGUUCUCGGGCUCCUCGUCAGUCAAUGAAAACGACUCACCGGUUCUGUCAAUGGGCGGAUCCCUGCCCGAAGACUCUAACCGGCCAAUCAGGAUGUCCACAGCCAGAACUGUGAAGGUACUGGCCUAUCAGAACUCCCAGUCCAACCCAAACACAGCCACUCCCAGUAGUACCACGGUACAGACACAGAGCCCAGUCAGGAUGUCCACGGCCAAGUCCACCUCCCAGUCCAACCCAGCCAUUCACAGCAGCAGCACCAUAGAGAACCAGAACCCGGCACCUUCUAUCGAACUAACCCCUCCACCCAUGGAGUCUCAGCCCGGCCUUAAGGGGACGAAGACAGGCUCACCACAGCCCAGGAGUCCUUCAGACAGUCAUUCCCAGAAGGGCGAGGGCCAGAACCAGGGUGGCUCUCACAAAGAUUCCAUGGCAGGCUCUGGAUUGGCUUCGGAAUCAGACUUUAAUCCCAACAAGAGGCCUGAAAGUCCCCCGUCUGAAGACGAGCCAUCCAAUCCCAUCAAAGUCCGCCAGAACCCCAAAUACCAGCUGUACCUGAGUGGAGACGUGCCGGGGAACGGGUCCAGGGAUACGAAUGGAACAUUUGGGGGAGAGAACGGGAACGGGGUGGAACCCAGGAACAGUUCCCGUUGGGACAGCGCUAGUUCCAGAUUCGGGCCAAACUAUCACGGGUCCCUGGAGUCUCUGGCCUCUCGGGACUGGGACACCAUGUCGGACAGGCUGGGAGGUUUUGAGAGUCCUCCCAGGGUGUUCAACAGUCCCUACGCUACAGCGGCUUCCACGGACUACAACCCUGGCAUGUACCGGAUGUCAGAGUAUAAGGAGGGGUUGUCUCCAGCCACAUCAGAGCUGAACCUGUUCAACAGCUACAACAGCAGGAGUACCAGCCCUGUGCCCUCCUUCACCCGGACUGUGACCGCCCCACGUGCACCCUUCUCAACCUACGACACCAUCAGGAGGCGGGACCAGCAGGGGAUGUCAAGCCAACUCCACAUGCGUUCCACUGUGUCGUCUGUCGCUAUGCCCAACAAGAGAGACUACAUCGAGGAGUUGACCAGGCAGUUGGAUGCCUGUCAGAAGAGGAACCAGUUCCUGGAGGCAGAGAGCGUAGAGAUGGACAAGGAGAGGAACCAGAUCAGGUUGGAGAUGAGAAGCCUGUUGGUGAACAACGAGGACCUUCUCAGAACCAACAGUACCCUGCAGAUGGAGAUGAACAGGAUGAGGAUGAGGAUGGUAGAGCUGGAGAGAGACAACACGGCCAUGACGGAACGCUUCAGAGUUAUGGAGACGGAGCUGACCGAGGCCAGAGAGAUGAUGGUGGAGGCCAACACUCAGGAAUACGCCUUCAACUUCCUGCAGCAGUCUCUGAAGAAUAAGAUACAGGACGCUGAGGAGGCGCUGGAGAAGCAGUCGCUCCAUGCCGAGGGUCUGUCCGAGAAGCUGUGGCUGUCUGAGAGACAGUUGGAGGAGCUAGCGGGGGCCAAGGAGACACGGGACAAGAGGACAUCUGAGCUCAGUGACACUGUCUUCAGACUGGAGACUGAGCUCGGGGAGGCCCAACAGAGAGCCACCCAGGCCUCAGCAGAGCUCAGUCUGCACCAGAAGCUACGAGAUGGUGACCAGCUGAGGGUAAAGGAGCUGGAAGAGACGAUACUGGAGAAGGGUCAGGAGCUGCAGAGAGCCCAGCAGACUGUCAGCCGUCUCCAGGGACAGGUGUCUGAUAAGCUGAUAGAUAAGGAACGUUCCCUGGAAGAGGAGAUCCAGCUGAGAGAGAGAGUUCAGCUGCAGUUGAAGCAGGCAGAGAGGAGCGUGGAGGACCUGACCAUGGAGCUACAGACGGCUGCACAGACCAAGGAGGACCUGGACAAGCAACUCAAACAGGCUCAGGAGAAAGCGAUAGAUCUUGAGAGCGACCUGGAGGAGAUGCAGGACAGUGAACAGAGUUGGGCCAGGAAGCACAAGAGAGCCAUCGAACAGACAGAACAGCUCCAGCUGAAGUUGAUUCAGGAGACAUAUGUGAAUGAGCAGCUGGACAGUGAGAAGAUCAACCUGACGAGACAGCUGCGUGACCUGCGUGUGGCGAUGGAGGACCUUCACAGCUCCAGAGUCCAGGUGGAUGUGAUCACUAAGACAGAGAACCGGGUCAAGGAGCUGGAAACGCUCUCAGAGUGGAGGAGAGGAACAAGGUGGUGAUGAGCAACACCAUCAGUAAACUGGAGAGGAAGAUCAACGAACUGUCUGGUCAGCUGGAGGAGGAACAGAAGAUCAAUACAGAGCAGAAGGACCUGAUGACCCAGAGGAUGCGUUCCCUGAAGCGUCAGCUGAACGAGGCGGAGGAGGAGUCCAGUCGUAGAGACGCUCAGUACCGCCACACCCAGAGAGAACUGACAGAGGAGAGAGAGACCUCCAACAGACUACAGAGACAGCUCCUGGAUCAGCACCUUCAACUCAAACGUAAGGAGUCCACCAUGCAAAUGAGACAGACUCUGGAGAACCUGCGUCUGGAUCUCAGUGUAGAUGAAGAGGACCAGGCUGACCAACAUCCUCCAAGGCCUGAAUAAAGACAACAGCACCUCCUCAUUCUAGCCUUUUUCAACACACCUGUAUUGAUAAAGGUUAGAGUGAUACCCCCUAAUAACACCGCUAAUAGACUUGACAAGAAACAACACAUUCUACACUGGCACCAAUACUGUCAUUUAUCGUAGGAAAAGCCCACAAGUGAAGUGUUCAAACCUCCUUUAGCCUCUUUCUCUGUACUAUUGAAAUGUGUCUUUAGUUAUGGUUAUUAACUAAAGGUCCCAAUGCAGCUGUUAUUAUCUCAAUAUUAACUCAUUUCUGGGUAACAAGGAUCUUACUGUGAUUGUUUUCAAGUCAAAAUGGUCAAAAAGAAACUCAAAUUGAUUCUUUGCAAAGAGGUUGUUUUUUUUAUAAUACAUUUUUUUGCUGGGAGUGUCUGGGAGAGGGGAAACUGACAACUAGCUGUUAUUGGUAGAGAGGUUUUGGAACUCUCUUUCUCAUUGGUCUAUUAACUCAUUUACCACCUGGUGAUGUCACCAGAGUGGGGAAACUGACAACUAGCUGUUAUUGGUAGAGAGGUUU